AUGCCCGUUGUAGUCAUAUUCUCUUACUUAUUUGAUUUUUCAGGUGUGGUUAAUCCAACAACCAGCACUAUCAUUCAGACUACUGCAGAUGUGAUUAAUCUAACAACCAACACUAAAAUUCAGACUACUGCAGAUGUGAUUAAUCCAACAUCCAGCACUAAAAUUCAGACUACUGCAGGUGUGAUUAAUCCAACAACCAACACUAAAAUUCAGACAACUGCAGAUGUGAUUAAUCCAAUAACCAACACUAAAAUUCAGACUACUGCAGAUGUGAUUAAUCCAACAUCCAGCACUAAAAUUCAGACUACUGCAGAUGUGAUUAAUCCAACAACCAACACUAAAAUUCAGACAACUGCAGAUGUGAUUAAUCCAAUAACCAACACUAAAAUUCAGACUACUGCAGAUGUGAUUAAUCCAACAUCCAGCACUAAAAUUCAGACUACUGCAGAUGUGAUUAAUCCAAUAACCAACACUAAAAUUCAGACUACUGCAGGUGUGAUUAAUCCAACAACCAACACUAAAAUUCAGACAACUGCAGAUGUGAUUAAUCCAAUAACCAACACUAAAAUUCAGACUACUGCAGAUGUGAUUAAUCCAACAUCCAGCACUAAAAUUCAGACUACUGCAGAUGUGAUUAAUCCAACAUCCAGCACUAAAAUUCAGACUACUGCAGAUGUGAUUAAUCCAAUAACCAACACUAAAAUUCAGACUACUGCAGAUGUGAUUAAUCCAACAUCCAGCACUAAAAUUCAGACUACUGCAGAUGUGAUUAAUCCAAUAACCAACACUAAAAUUCAGACUACUGCAGAUGUGAUUAAUCCAACAUCCAGCACUAAAAUUCAGACUACUGCAGAUGUGAUUUAUCCAACAUCCAACACUAAUAUUCAGACGACUGCAGGUGUGUAUUAA